UGUUUACUCCACCUCUCUAUCCCUCUACUCGUUUAUAUUUUGUUACUUAUUUUGCUCAUCUCCCUUUCUUUCUAUGUCCCUUUCCAUUAUUUCCAUCAUCUCUCUCUCGCCCUUUGCUUUCUUUUACCCCUUCUUGUUCCACCUUCGGAUCCCUUUCCUUGCCUAUAUUCCUCCUCUAUAGCUUACUUAUGAUUUUCAACCCAAUUCUCUACUAUUUUUGAGUCUUAAUACACUCCCUCCUAAAUAAGUGCAUGGUAAGACCCCCCACCACCACCAAGUUGUCAGGUAUGUGGUUACUUUCACCACAACAAACAUGGCUACUAAACUAAGCCGUCGCACAUCUGACGUCUGCGGAAGCGACUUUCUCGCAAAGGCGGAAGUGUUAACCCCCAGUAACAACAACAGCUGGAAAAUAAUGUGAGUGGUGAAUUGAUUUACGGAGAAAUAAAAGAUUAGAAGUUUUUGAAAGGAAUUCGUAUUUUUACCAUGGGGCCUCGCAAGAAAUCCAUUAAGCCAAGCCGAAUAAAUGUAGAAGAAUUAGAAGACUCUAAAAUCAACAAUACCAAGGAUUAUAUGAAUCAACUAUCCCAUGAAGUACUAUGUCACAUUUUUAAAUACCUUCCACUGCAGGAUAUCAUGUGCAUGGAAUGCCUCUCUCGUAAGUUGAAGGAGGCUGUGACCCUUUACCUACGUGUUGUGAAGGUGGUUGAUCUUUGUGCCGGACGUUGGUGGGAGUAUAUGCCCUCAGGUUUUACUGACUCCAGCUUCCUCAAGUUGCUUAAGAAAAUGCCAGACAUUGAACAACUCUAUGGCCUUCACCCAAGAUAUUUGGAGAGACGCAGAGUUCGGGGCCAUGAAGCUUUUAGCAUUCCUGGUGUGCUUGAAGCUUUGCAGACCUGCCCAAACCUCCUAGGUGUGGAGACUUCACAUUUGGAACUCGUAGAGGCCAUUUGGACCUACAUGCCACAGGUUCAUAUUUUAGGAAAAUUCAGAAACCGCAAUGGAGCCUUUCCUAUCCCACCGGAAAAUAAAUUGAAAAUACCCAUUGGAGCCAAAAUUCAGACCCUACAUUUAGUUGGGGUGAAUGUACCAGAAAUUCCUAGCAUUCCUAUGCUUCGCCAUCUUUAUUUGAAGUGGGUGCGUUUGACCAAACCUCAGCCUUUUAAGGAUUUCCUGUGUAUCAGCUUGCGUACCUUUGUAAUGCGUAACUGUGCCGGUCCAACAAACUCCUUGAAGUAUGUUCCUUUGGUGACAGGACUGGCAUCUGCUCGAAACCUAGAACAUUUAGAACUUGUCAGGGUUCCUUUCCUAGGGGGACUUAUACAGCAUGUUGUGGAGGAUAGUUGGCGUUCUGGAGGUUUUCGGAAUCUGCACACAAUUGUUUUGGGAGCAUGCAAAAAUGCCCUGGAAGUGGAUCUUGGCUACCUCAUUAUUACAGCUGCUAGAAGGUUGCAUGAAGUUCGCAUCCAGCCUUCUCUAACCAAAGAUGGCGUAUUCUCCGCACUGAAGAUGGCAGAGCUUGAGUUCCCACAGUUUGAAACAUUGCACUUAGGAUAUGUGGAUGAGUUUCUGCUUCAGUGUAAGAUGACAAAUGCUGAUUUAAUGAAGUAUGGGUUGGCCGAUGUUGCAGAGAACCCUGGUAUCAUUACUGAUAUUGGAAUGAAGGCUGUUAAUGAGGUGUUUUCCUGCAUCAAAUACUUACUUAUUUACAACUGCCCCCACCUGCAUAAUCCCAAAAAUUGGAUCACAGAUCAUUCUCGUUGGAAUCGGCUGGUCGAUCUCACUCUUGUACGCUGUCAUGCUAUAAAGUUAGAGUCAUUCAGCCAGUUUGUUGAACUGCUCCCUAGUUUAGAAUUCAUCUCAUUGGAUCAGAUGUUUCGAGAACCACCAAAGGGUUGUGCUCGAGUGGGACUCAGUGCUGGAACAGGCAUAGGAGUAUCCUCGGCUUUAGUGAGCAAUCAGAACUCCAAUAAUGAUAAUGAAAACAACAAUCACGCAAAUAAUAACAAUCUGCAGCACAAUAACAACAACCAGCCACAACAUAACCCUCAACCACCACAAAUGGAAGAGAAUGUUGAACCUGAGGUCAGAGCAGAGGAUCCUAUAGAAGAACUGCCGAUUGCUGCUGAGGCAUUAAAUGAGAUGGAAGAUGUGUCACAAGAUGGGGCACCACCUGCUGAUGACCCAGAAAACAGAAAUGAAGCUGCAGCUCCCAGCCUGGCGGUUAUACCAAUGGAUAUGGAUGAGGAACAAGCAGGCCCCAGUGGGCUGCAAUCUGUUGCAAAACCUGUUCCAAUUACAGUUCAUGAUUCAGACAGUGAGGAUGAGGAUGAUUUAGGUGGAAGUCCAAUCACCAACAACAUUUCACAAAGUUAUACUCAUGGAGAAGACAAAAAUAGGGAAUUAACAGAGUCUAAUGACAGCACAGUGAUAAGUGGCAAAGGAAAAGCACCAUUGCGUAAGAAAUGUGGAUUUGGACUCAACAGCCCCACAGAGCACGUGGUACCAAGUGAAGAGAGCAGUUGUGAAAAGGGCUGUCAGGUAACCAGUGAGCAAAUAAAAGCAGAUAUGAAAGCAGCCAGUGAUGUACCGGAAAGGACCACAGGUGGCCCUGAGGGUGGAGGAGCAAGUGGAGUCAUGAAUGUCUGUAAUUCUGCUUCCCAAAACCCAGGAAAUUAUCAGCCUUUGAACGGCAAUCCUGAUGCUCGUGAAGAGGCAGCACUGUGUAGAUGCAACAGGACAGAUGGUUCUCCGUCUCUUAAUGUACAAGAAAAUGGGGGAAUAUGCUCCUACUGCUCGAAUAAUAGGGCUCAGGAACUGCAGAGGCAGAAUAGGACUAAUGGUAGUUGGGAGGCCCAGCCAUCCACUAGUAGAUCCUCCCCAACAAAUGGUUCAGAGUACACACUCAGAACACUUCAAGGUGGGGCACAAAGGACUAAUACAAGAGUUGGGGACGAUCCAAGUGCAUCACCUGUCUGCUACCGUACUGAGCAAGGUGACAAUCACAUUCAAAGGCCUUUAACAAGAGCACGCACAAGGCUUUCUCAGGUUCCACUGAUGUCUGAUGGUGAGUCUACACCUUCUUCAAAAAACAAGAAGACUGUGAAGAGGAAACGAACUGCAGAUAAGUCUACAAGCACCAGUGACCCUGUGAUUGAAGAUGAUCAUGUUCAGGUGCUGAAUCUCAAGUCCAAAAACCUGGUUGGCAUCACUUUGACUAACUGUGGUAUCACCGACUUAGUGCUGAAAGACUGUCCAAAAAUGAUGUUCAUUCAUGCUACACGAUGCCGUGUGCUAAAGCACUUGAAAGUAGAAAAUGCUCCCAUUGUAAAUCGCUUUGACUAUGCUCAGUGUAAAAAGCUUAACAUGGAGCAAAUACUUGACCAAAUACUUCGGAUGCCACCAGAGAGGAAUCGCAUUAUAUACCUGCGACCCAUGCAACAGGUAGACACUCUUUCGUUGGAAAGCAAGAUGUUUAGUGGACCAUAUCCAUACCACAUCUGUAUCAUACAUGAAUUUAGCAAUCCUCCAAAUGUUAGAAAUAAGGUGCGUGUCAGAAGCUGGAUGGAUACCAUAGCCAAUGUGAAUCAAGAGCUCAUUAAAUAUGAAUUCUUUCCUGAGGCGACACGAACAGAAGAAGACGUGAAGAAGUACACAAAGUACCCCUGGGGAAGAGAUAUUUACACACUUGAAGGAGUUGUGGAUGGAGCUCCUUACUCUAUGAUCACUGACUUCCCAUGGCUGCGUUCACUAAGAACUGCAGAACCAAAUGGCUAUGCCAGAUAUGACUUUGAGGAUGAUGAAAAAACAACCAUUUAUGCACCAAGACGGAAAGGACAACUUUCAGCUGAUAUCUGCAUGGAAACUAUUGGUGAGGAGAUUUCAGAACUACGGCAGAUGAAAAGGGGAGUGUUCCAGCGAGUUGUUGCCAUCUUUAUUCAUUACUGUGAUGUUAAUGGAGAACCUGUUGAAGAUGAUUAUAUAUAAGAGGAGGACUUUAAUCUUUAUCAGUUAAGAUUCUUGUCAAAAGUGAAAGGCUACCCUACUGGCUUUCAAUCUGAGGCAGUGUGACAGUUAAUAAGGUCAUCAAAAGAACUGAAGGCCAAAAAUAGGUGGUGUUCCAACAUUUAGCCUAAUUUUUCCCGCUGGUGUUGUCAUCCGUUAAGCCGUCGUGAAAACAAAACAAAAAGGAAUGAUGUUUUGAGACAACUAUGACUGGUUCACCAGUCAGGAAUAUAAUCAUUUUUCUAUGAGGAGGAAAAGCAUACUAAUCAUGUUGGAUUUACAUAGUUAGGAAAUUAUAAAUUUACAUUACAGCCCUUUUUUGUUUAUUUAAUAAUCCUUGUGUCCAACAUGGGGGCAGUUUAAUUUGGAAGAGUUUGUGGGAAAAAAAACCCCAUCACAUUUUGGCAUGUUGUUUCCAAACAAAAGGGCAAAAUCUGUUACAUCAUUUUUCUUUAUACAUAAUUUGAACUUCCCAUAGUUUUUUUGUCUAAUGCCUAUCUUUGGUUACAAAUACCAUGUACUAGCUAGCAGUACCGAUGAUCAAAAUAGAGCACAAAAUAGUUCUCAGACAGUUCUCCAAUAUUUGGGUUGAUUUUGAUAUGUAACAUGUAGCAUCUAAAUGCUGGAUGAGAUUGAAAGAUUUCUGUGUUUUUGAAGAAUGGCAUACUAAAAAUGCACCACAUUUUGUAGAUGAUAAAUUGUAGUAAGUUGUAGCAGGCCUUGAUUGUUAAAAAAAAAUAAUAAUAAAUAACAGUCACAUACUGAGACCCUCACAUCUGGAAAAAUCCUACAAGGAUUUAAAUGAAUAUGUGUCAAACACAAAGUAAAUGGCUUAAAGGCAUUUUAAAAACACCCAAUGCGUUGCCUUGAAUUAUAUCAACAUGCUGAAAAUGAUCUUUCUUGCUAUAAAAAAAUGUGUUCUUGUAUUUGCAACUUGUAUUAUAAAAGAUUUGGCAGUUGCUUUUUUUUUUUUUUUUUAAAGCCAUUGUUUUCCCGCUGUUGAAUACCAAGAGAUCAUUUCAAGUAAAAUCCAUUAUGAAAUAUUUAAUUUAA